AACGGCGGAAAUUUUUAUUUCUGGGCCGCCCCGCCCACCGGAGGAGGCUAUAAAGCAGGCGCCCGGAGCGCGCUUCGCCGUCGUCGUCCGUGACCAGCGAUGCUUCCCGAAUGGCGCGUCCUGGGGCGGGCGUGGGCCGUCUGUCCCCUGCUGCUGCUCCUCAAGGUCCGGGUGCCCAUGGCAGCCAUUGUGUCCGAUUGUAUGGAAUAUGAAUAUAAACCUGAGGGUCUCAACCUCUGCUGUGAAAAGUGCCCUGCCGGCCAUUAUGUCAGCAAACACUGUGAUAAAAACCAUGGUGCUGGGGUAUGUAGCCCGUGUGAACCUGGAAGCUACCUUCCCUACCGAAAUGGGGAGACAAAUUGUCGGCUGUGCAGUCGGUGCCGAGAGGACCAGGAGGUAGUCUCUCCAUGCACAGCGACCCGUGACCAGCAGUGCCAGUGCAAGCCCGGCUACUUUUGUGACUCUGAAAACUGCGUGGAGAACUGCUUCCGGUGUCAAAGUUGUCCUGACCAUGUCAGCUCGCCGUGCAAUGCCACAAGGGAUACAGUUUGCAACACACAGGAUACUACAGACACAUCAGAAAAGAAACCCGAAGGUGGGUCCCUCCAAAUGUUUGUGCUGGUCGUCAUCACCAUCACCAUCAUCGUCAUCGUCGUCGUCGUCGCCCUCAUCUUCCUCCUCGUUUACUGCUAUAAAAAGAAAGGUGCCCUUUUUGUUAAUUUCUUCUCUUCUUGGUCUUCAGGAAGGGUGGACGAACAAAGCAGCACUGUUGAGAUACUGUUCCCUUCGAACCCCGAAAAUCACCAGCCAGCCCUGGACAUAGAAACAUUGUUGCUGAAGGAGGGGCUUGAGGAAAGCCCCCACCCAAGGCCUUUGGAGGAGACCGAGGAGGGCAUCGAGCUGCAGGAUGUGGUGGUCAGAGAGAGCCCCCCAGCUCCAGAGCAGGUGGUACAGACUCCUGCUCUGGCUGUCUCUGUGUCACAGAACCAGAAUGAAGUGUUCCCCUCCCUUAAGAGUCUGGAACAGGAAUAUGCAAAGAGAUAUUUUGUAAAAGAUACAUCAAAUGAAGGUACCACCAGGCUCUAUUAUGAAUUUGAAGAAAUGAUCCUGGACAAGAACUGGAAAUCUCUGAUGAGACUUAUCGGUCUUGAAGAAAAGGACAUUGAAACUUGCGAGCACGAAAACCCAGACAAUUUGACGGAGCAGCAUCAUAAGAUGCUCCUCAGGUGGAGGAACAAGCUGGGAAGGGAAGCCUCAGUUUUUAAACUGUUGGCUGCCCUACAUAAAAUGCAGCUGCAUAUGUGUUUGGAAAAUAUUAUCAACGUACUACUUGUUGAAGGCAUCUUAGGCAGGCAUGCAGAGACCUCAGAUUAAACUUUUGGCAUGGGAUUAUGCCUUCACACAGGAUCUGACCUAUGCCAAUGUCUACCUUUUGGAAACUUCUCAGUUUUCAGUUAGAAAGAAUCAUGUGCGUCCAUUAACAGUGUCUCACUACAUUUUAGUGAGAGUGCUUCCUGCCAAGAUUAGUUGUGGGAAUCACCCGUGGCCAAGGUGUAACCAGGGGUGAGCAGGUCCUCACUAGAUUAACAUUCCUCAGGGAACUUUCCCCAAGGGAAAUUGUUUUUCUAUUUAAAACAAUGUAGCUGCUUGUGCUGAAGUCUUUUAUGUCCAGGAUGUGAAUGAAAUGCACAGGAUAUAAAUGAAAUGCAGUAUUCCUCAAUCACACCUUAGUGACUGCUUUCAGUCACUGACCACAAUAAGCGAAGCAUUUAAUUUUAUUGUAAAGUUAGCAUUAGUUUAGUAAGUAUAAGUUUUUCUGUUGUGUU